AUGACUUUCGCUCCCAAGAAGCCCGGCCAGGUGCUCGGCGACCCCACCGCGCCCGACCCCAAGUUUGCGGCACGCAAGCAAAAGAAGCUCGAAAAGAAGAAGCGACAGGCAGACCCCAACUACAGGAAGCCCUUCGUCUUCACAGGCUUCCCCGUCCCCACCCGGCCUGAGCGCAUCGAGAUGGGCGACAAGCUGGCGGCGCAGAUCGACGCGCUCCGCGAGCGGCCAGACAUCGUCCCGAGGCUCAGGAACUACGGCAUCUCGGCGCGCACGGCCUGGUUAGUGCUCGAGCGCCUCGAAGCUCUGCCAGGGACCUUCACGACCCACCGCAAGAAGACGCUCACCGACAACGAGAUCAUCGCCCACCUCUACUGGACCUGGGCACAGAAGGCCAAGGGCUACAUCCGCGCCAAGGUCAGGCAAAAGACCUUGACGCCCGGCGUGCCGUAUGGCCGCCGCUUCAAGCCGGGCGCGAUUGCGGAGCCGCCCAACGGCGAGUACUUCACUGCCGACAUCGAUGCGAUCCGGGACUCGUAUGCCAUCGAGGAAGACGCGUGCCUGCCCCGGACCUGCAUGUCGGCGUUCAUCGAUUGGGUUGAGGUCCACGUCCGUGACAUCUCAGCCUCCGACUCGGCGGCAGCUGUCGACCGCGAGGUGCUGAGGGCGACGCUAUCGCAGCUGUCGCUCCUGCGCAAGUCGACCGAUCUUCGCCUGCCGACCUACAACUACCCGCUGGCCCGAACCCUCACCCGCCAGAUCCACCUGCACAUUGGCCCAACCAACUCUGGCAAGACGCACGGCGCCCUCGUCGCACUCUCCAAGGCUCGGACGGGCGUAUUUGCCGGUCCGCUCCGCCUGCUGGCCCACGAGGUGUGGGAGCGCUUCAACCAAGGCACCAUCUCGCCCGGCGUGCCGCCACGAGCCUGCAACCUGGUCACCGGAGAGGAGCAGAGGACCGUCGACCCGCUGGCAGGCCUCUACUCGUGCACCGUCGAGAUGGUCAACCUCCAACGGGCCUGGGAUGUCGCCGUCAUUGACGAGAUCCAGAUGAUUGGCGACCGUCAGCGCGGAUACGCCUGGACCGACGCCGUCAUCGGCUUACCGGCCAAGGAGAUCCACCUGUGCGGAGAGGCGUCGACCGUGCCGCUGAUCCGCCGCAUCGCCGAGGCUUGUGGCGACGAGGUGUAUGUCCACGAGUACCAGCGGCUGACGCCCCUCAGCAUCGCCGACGAGUCGCUCGACGGCGACCUGACCAAGGUGCAGAAGGGAGACUGCGUCGUCGCCUUCAGCCGGUCGGGUAUCUUCAACCUGAAGCGCGAAAUCGAGCAGAAGACGAAGCUGCGCUGCGCCGUCGCCUACGGCGCCCUGCCGCCCGAGACCAAGAGCGAGCAGGCCAAGCUCUUCAACGAGGGCAAGCUCGACGUCAUGGUGGCGAGCGACGCCAUCGGCAUGGGCCUCAACCUCAAGAUCAAGCGCGUCAUCUUCGACACCUUGACAAAGUGGAACGGCAAAGAGACGGUGGCCAUGUCGACGUCGCAGAUCAAGCAGAUUGCCGGCCGAGCUGGGCGGUACGGAACCAAGCGGGAGAGCGACGAGCCGGACGGCGGCAUCGUGACGACGCGCAACGCCAACGAGCUCGAGAUGCUGCGCGAGGCCCUCGCUGCGCCGGUGGUUCCCAUCGAGCAGGCGGCCAUCCAGCCCUCGAGCGAUGCGAUGGCGGACCUCUCCGCGCUCCUGCCCGCCUCUGCCACUCCGACUCCCGCCGAGAGGGUUGUGGACGUCACCGAAGAUGCGAGCGAGGCGUCUUCGUCGGCGGCAGCCGGGGAACCCGCGCAGACCGAGUUCAGGCCUCUGGACAAGAUCUACGGCGACGUCUCGCUGCUGGCGCGGGUGGAUCCGAAGUCGUUCUUCCUCUCGGACUUUUCGCAGCAGCGGAGCAUCUCUCCGCUCGUCGAGGCGGCCUCGAGCAACCUGCUGACGCUGCAGGAGCGUGAGAAGUUCGGCAACGCCCCCGCCAACACGCGCGACGAGCGGCUGAUGGCAUUCCUGGCCAGCUGCGUGCGGCUGUUUUCGCGGGGCAACCUGGUCAAGUUUGACGCCUGCAGCGCCGAUCUCGGUACGCUCGAGGUCGAGAAGCUGACGCUCGAUGCGAUGGGCGAGGCGCGGAGGCAUCGGGGCGACAAGCUAAAGGGCGCCAAGUCGGCCGAGGAGCGCAGAAUGAUUGAAGCCGAGCCGCUCGCGUCGCACCUGGCGUCCGACCACCCGCUGCUCAACUCCAACACGCUGAUGCUGCUCGAGUCGCUGCACCGCUCGCUCUCGCUCUACCUCUGGCUCUCGUACCGCUUCCCGCUCGCCUUCUGCUACCGGCAGGAGGUUGAGGAGCGCAAGACCAAGAUGGAGGACGGCAUCGAGUUCUGCCUCGAGGGCAUCCGCUUUGGACGCGCGAGGAGGCUGAGGGCGCUCGGCAGGGACGCCGACGCCGACGAGGCGCUGCAGAAGAAGAGCUGGAAGGAGACCAAGAGGGACGAGAGGCGCUCCCUCGAGGAUGCGGAGCAGGGCCUAAGAGGCGGCCAAGCGAGUCGGUGGGAGCGAGACGAGUACGGCUCGGAGGGUGGAGAGAGAAACGGGCCGAGGAGGUCGAAGUAUGAGGAUCAGGUGCGGAGAGAGGACGGCCAGUCGCAGCGGAGCGAGCGGCCACCAAGGCCGGAGAGAUGGCAAGGUCACGAAGAGUAG